AUGACUACUCAAACAAAAGUUAUGAUUGUCACUGCGGAUGACAAUUUUAUUCGUCUAAUAUCAUCGAACAAACAAUUGAACACAACCGUCGUCAAUUUAGAUAAAAAUAAUCAGAGUACAUCCACGAAUAAUCCCAAUACAUCUAUCAUUGAUUUAGUUAUUCUCGCACAACUAUUCAAUAAAAAUUCAACUUGUGAUCAUACCAAUAAACGAACUCUUGACUCAUCACAAGGUAACCAAGCUAAAGUAGUUAAAACGAGUGAGAAGAAUAAUGAUCUGGUGUGCAGUGUGUGUGGUGAUCAUGCAGUUGGAUUCAACUAUGGUGCUAUGACAUGCGCAUCUUGUAAAGUGUUCUUUCGUCGCAAUGCGCUUCAACCACCAGAAAAGAUUCGCUGCUUCAACGGACAAAAUGCAUGUUUAUUCUCUCAUGGUACUCAUCGGAGAUGUCAAAAAUGUCGACUAAGACAAUGUUUUGCUGUGGGAAUGAAAAAAUAUUAUUUCGUUACCAGCGAAGAAAAAGAACGACGACGAAAGCAACUUGAAGAAAAUCUCAAUCAGACACGCGCGUGCAAAUCUUCAAUUUUGCACAUGCCGGAUGAUAUUGAUCUUUUUCUAUCGGACAUCAACAAUCCUCGAACUAUAUCACCUCCCACUCUUCACAUCAAUGAUUGGCAAGUUAUUCAAACCAUUGAAGAAUCUUAUGCUCUUGCCUUUCAAUCACCUCUACCAUCGUGUCCUGGCCACUUUCCUGAUCGUGAAUCUAUACUGACGUUUUACAGACAAACAAAAGACCAGAUGAUUCUUCAGUUCAUUAAUUUUCUUCGUCAAAUUAAAGAAUUUGAAGCUUUAAAUGAAGAUGAUCGAUUUAUUCUAAUCAAAUACAAUUUAAAUAUUAUUGGCGCUCUUAAUAAAUUCAUAUAUUUCGACAAUCAAGCAUACACUUUAUGUGAUUUCCCAUCUAUGGAUCAAAAUGUAUAUAAAUACAUUCAAACACUAUAUAACGUAGAUCAAAGCUUACAAGAUGAUUUUAUAAACUUAGUUGGCUCAUUCUUAGCUGUUAUCGAACAAGACCUCCUAUUAUUGCGUCUUUUGAUUGUCACUUUACUAUUCUCCAAGGGUUUGUCAUUGAGUGACGAUGAGCCUCCACUUCGUGAUCCAUUAGCUGCAUAUCGAGCUGAUUCUUAUUAUACACAAUUGAUUUGGAACUAUCUAUUGGACAAACAAGGCGAACAAAAGGCAAUCAAACAAUUUACAUACCUAAUCAGUAUUAUCUUUAAGCUUCAGAUCAUGAUAAAGAAAUGGCGAGAUCAUGUGCGUGAAGAAUUGACCGCGCGUAACAAAGUAGAUUUACUUACACCACUUAUGCAAGCUGUGUUACACAUCGCUUAA